AUGGUGUUUGUGCUGAACACUCAUCUGCCCUUUAAAGAUGUGGGGUCUCUGACUAGAUAUGAUGAAACAGCUGUCACCACUGAUUGGCAAAAGAAAUUGACCCCGGAACAGUUCUAUAUCAUGAGAGAAAAAGGAACUGAACAACCAUUUACCGGAAUCUAUCUGAAUAACAGAGAUCCAGGAAUGUACCAUUGGUCAGAGAAGAAAUACAAUUCUGGCACUGGAUGGCCUUCAUUUUCAGAAGCUUUUGGUGCAUGUGGUACAGAUGAAUGCAAUGCCAAUAUCCUGAGGCAUCCAGAUACCUCAUUGGGAUCAACCAGCACAGAAGUCGUUUGCAAACAGUGUGAUGUUGGUCAUGUGUUUGAUGAUGGUCCCAGACCUUCUGGACAAAGGUUCUGUAUCAACAGUGUUUCGUUAACAUAA